AUGGAGGAAGAAGUGCCAAAGCCGGUGUGUCUCAUCAUAUUAGGUAUGGCAGGGGCAGGUAAAACUUCCUUUACGAGACGUCUUGCCGGUAAAGUUAAUAAUGGCUCCAGGCCGUAUUUGAUUAAUUUAGAUCCAGCGUGUCGUGAGGUUCCAUAUCCAGCUAACAUAGAUAUAAGGGAUACUGUGAACUAUAAAGAAGUAAUGAAACAGUAUGGGCUAGGUCCUAAUGGUGGUAUUGUUACUGCUCUCAAUUUGUUUUCUACUAAAUUUGGACAAGUAGUUGACUUAAUAGAGAAAGCUGGAAAGAAACAUAAAUACUGUAUUAUUGAUACACCAGGUCAAAUAGAAGUUUUCACAUGGUCGGCCUCUGGUACUAUAGUGACUGAGACAUUAGCAUCCUCCUGUCCCACAGUAGUUGUGUAUGUGAUGGAUACAGUUAGGAGUGUGUCUCCUGUAACAUUCAUGUCAAAUAUGCUGUAUGCCUGUUCCAUAUUGUAUAAGACGAGAUUGCCAUUCAUUGUUGUUAUGAAUAAGACAGAUGUAGUGGAUAACAGUUAUGCAGUGGAGUGGAUGAGAGAUUUCGAAGCAUUCCAAGAAGCAUUAGAUGCGGAUAGUGAAGGUGAGGGUAGCACCUAUGUUGGCAACCUGACGAGGUCUAUGUCACUUGCACUAGACUCAUUCUAUACGGAUUUACGGUGUUGUGGAGUUAGUGCGCAUACAGGAGAGGGUAUAGAUGAAUUUUUCAAAUUAGUUGAUGACGCUGCAGAAGAAUAUGAAAAGGAUUACAAAGCAGAUUGGAUCAAUAUGAGGGCGGAGAAAUUAGAAGAACAAAAGAAAAAAGAAGAGGAGGCGAAAAAAGGCACUAAUGUCGACGACACAGUGAUAGAUAAGAAUAAGUUAAUCGAACAAGUAAUGAGUGGCCGGGAGAUCAGCGACAUGUACUUAAAGCACCCGGGAGACGAGAGCUCUAGUGACGACGAGGGAGUGGAAAAUCAGCCGGAAUUAGAUGAUAACAAAGAAGACGUUGCUGCAUUCCAGGACUUCAUCAAAAAACAUGUAAAACCUGGUGAUGAAAACAAAACA